AUGGCAUUUACCCUGGGUGCCGGCGUGGUCAUGCUGUGGCGGGUUUGCCGGUCGCGGGACGUGUACCUCGUGGACUACGGCUGCUUCCUGGGGGAGCCACGCCACAGGGUCCCGUUCGCGAUGGCCCUGGAACACCUCAUGACCUGGUUCGUCGAUGAUGAGAGCACCAAGUUCAUGGCUCGGCUGUACGAGCGGUCCGCAAUCGGCGAGGAGACCAGCGUCCCGGAUUCCUACCGUUACAUGCCCCCCGAGCGCGGCGUCGAGGCCUCCCGCGAGGAAGCCGAGCUGGUCAUCUUCUCCGCCGUCGACAAGGCGUUUGCCCGGAGCACGCUGAACCCCGGGGACAUCGACACGCUCAUCGUAACCUGCAGCUUCACCACGCUGACGCCGGAGUUCGCCGACGUCAUCGUGAACAGGUACAAGCUCCGCGCCGAAGUGCGGAGCGUGAACCUGUCCGGGAUGGGUUGCAGCGGGGCCCUCAUCUGCGUCGGCCUCGCCAAGAACCUCCUGCAGGUGGCGCCGCCGGGGAGCCAUGUCCUGAUCGUGGCCACCGAGAUCCUGUCGUCGCUGUUCUACACCGGAACCAAGCGCGAGAUGCUCGUGCCCAACGUCCUCUUCCGCAUGGGCGCCGCCGCCAUAAUCAUGUCCAACUCGCCGGAGCGCGCCCGCUUCCGGCUCGGCCCCAUCGUCCGCACGCUGACCGCCGCGCAGGACGGGGACUACCGGUGCGCGUUCCAGGAGGAGGACGACGAGGGGAUCACGGGCAUCAACCUCUCCAAGGACCUGCCCGUCGUCGCCGCGAACGCGCUCAAGAGCAACAUCAUAGCCUUCGGCCCCGCCGUCCUGCCCGUUUCCGUGCUCCUCCGGGUCGCGUUCUCCUUCCUCAGGCACAGGUUCUCGAGCGGCGAGGCGCGCGCGGAGGAGAGGUGCUACCGCCCGGCCUUCCACAAGGUGUUCCAGCACUUCUGCAUCCACCCGGGCGGGCGCAGGGUGCUCUACGAGGUCCAGCGCGGCCUCGGCCUCUCCGACGGCGACAUGGAGGCGUCGCACAUGACGCUGCACCGGUUCGGGAACAUGGCGAGCAGCUCGCUGCUGUACGAGCUCGCCUACAUCGAGGCCAAGGGCCGGAUGAGCAAGGGUGACCGGGUGUGCAUGAUCUCCUUCAGCCCCGGUAUAGACUGCAGCAGCGUCAUGUGGGAGUGCAUCAAGCCGGCGGCAGAGCCCGGCGACGGGCCGUGGGCCGGCUGCAUCAACCGCUACCCUGUGCAACUUCCCAAAAUUCUCAAAAGGACUUGA